UAUUUUAUAAUGUCUUAAUGACACUUUCGAAAUAACGACUUUUCUGCUGUAAGUACAAAUCGAUGUGUUCAGUUUAAGACCACAUUCUUCUUUACACUUCAAUAUGUUAUUACAAAGAAACACAGCCUCAAAUUUUCUAUAUCAAUCGCCAUGGGAGCCCUGAGAGUGUGCACUGUUUAUUCUCUAGGCUUUCCAAUCACACCAAACAAAACCCACUUCCCAAAACUCAUUCCCACUCCAUCUUUCUCCCCACACCAAAAAACCCUAUCAAGAUCCAAACUUUUGAAGGCCAUUUCUUCAUCUGUUUCAACAGAGCUCACUGACCCUUUUCAGCCAGAGCUUGAAAGUAGUCAAACCCCAGAUGGGAAAUUCGAUUGGUAUGCACAGUGGUAUCCUAUUAUGCCACUUUGUGAUCUGGAUAAGAGGAGGCCACAUGGGAAGAAGGUGAUGGGGCUUGAUGUGGUGGUUUGGUGGGACAGGAAUGAGAGUGAAUGGAAGGUGUUUGAUGAUAGUUGUCCUCAUAGAUUGGCUCCUUUAUCAGAAGGAAGGAUUGAUCAAUGGGGGAGAUUGCAGUGUGUCUACCAUGGUUGGUGUUUUAAUGGCUCUGGUGAUUGCAAGUUCAUCCCUCAAGCACCCCCAGGUGGCCCUCCGAUUCAAACAUCCAAGAAAGCAUGUGUAGCUGCCUAUCCAAGUACAGUGAUGAAUGAUAUCCUCUGGUUUUGGCCCAACACUGAUCCUCAAUACAAAGAUAUUCUUGUGAAGAAAAGUCCCCCAUAUAUUCCAGAACUCAAUGAUCCAUCAUAUAUAUCCUCAAUGGGAAAUAGAGAUUUUCCUUUCGGAUAUGAAAUCUUGCUGGAGAACCUUAUGGACCCUUCACAUGUUCCAUAUGCACACUAUGGAAUUCUUGCAACUCGACAGCCCGAAAAGAAGAUGGAUAGAGAGGGAGGCAGACCUCUUGACAUGAGAGUGAAUAAGUUGGACAAAAAUGGUUUUUUUGCAAAGCAAGAUUGGGCUGGUAAUAGUGAAUUCAUAGCACCAUGUAUAUUUUAUGGUCAUGCUGCUGUUUUACCAGAUAAAAGUAAUAAAGCUACACCCAAAAAGGAAAGGAAAAUGGGAUUAAUUUUCAUGGGGGUUCCAGUUAGUCCAGGCAAAAGUAGAUUGAUAUGGGCUAUCCCCAGGAAUUUCAGUCAUUGGUUGGACAAGAUUUUUCCAAGAUGGAUAUUCCAUAUUGGACAGAACUUGAUUUUGGAUUCAGAUUUAUACAUUCUCCAUGUUGAGGAGCGAAGAAUAUUAGAGCAUGCUUCGGGUGAAUGGAGCCGAGCAUGUUAUGUGCCAACCAAGUCAGAUGCUCUUGUGGUUGGUUUCAGAAAUUGGUUAAACAAGUAUGGUGGCGGUCAAGUUGAUUGGAGAGGCAAAUUCAGUGGUGCUCUUCCUCCAUCUCCUCCCAGAGAACAGCUUAUGGAUAGGUACUGGUCCCAUGUGGUGAAUUGCCCCAGUUGCAGUGCAGCAUACAAAGCUCUGAAUGUGGUUAAAGUUGUGCUCAGUGUCACCUCUCUUGUUUUGAUUGGUCUUCUGGGUGUGACCAAUAAGCUAGCCACUGCAUCUGUUGCUUUGAGAGCCACAAUGGUCUCACUCUCAAUACUUUGCUUUGCAGCCUCAAAAUGGCUGAAUCACUUUGUUUACAAGAACUUUCACUUUCAUGACUAUAUUCAUGCUUUUCAUUAAUUAACACUACAAAUAUAUAUUGUACAUAUAUAAUUCAAUGUCAUCAGAAGAAGGAAGAGCUUCUGUUAUUACACACAAACACACAAUUAAGUAUAAAAAGACAGUAUGAAGCAUCUAUUUAUAAUAGUUAUAGAGCUUCCUUAAUAAAUUCAUUUGUGUUUUCAUUCAA